CCAAUACAAACAUUUCUGUACUGAGGAGUAAUAGUCAGGGCGCCUACAGGGACACCAGACGGACUUAUUUAAUACCCAGAGACAUGGCACAGACCAACAGCCAAAGUUUCCCUGAGAUAGUGGAGCUGAAUGUGGGUGGCCAGGUGUAUGUGACCCGACUGGAGACUCUCACAGCAGUCCCAAACUCUCUCCUGUGGACCAAGUUCACCCAGAGCUCCCCGGGAGAGCACCCAAAAGACAGUAAGGGGCGCUUCUUCUUCGACAGGGACGGGUUUCUCUUCCGAUACAUCCUGGACUACCUGCGGGACUCGGAGCUCUACCUGCCGGAGUUUUUCAAAGAGAAGAGGAGGCUCCAGAAAGAAGCGGACUUCUUCAAGCUGCCGGGGCUGUCGAGGCUCCUGGCUGCUGGGAGCAAAGACAGCUCAGAGGACAGCGGGGAGCCAGAGGAGGCAGAGCUGCUGUCCAGCCCAGUCACCACCACCUCCUCCUCCUCGUCCUCGGACCGGACCCCGCGCUCUCCUGGGUCUACACCCGGCUUCAUCACCAUCGGGUACAGAGGCAGCUACACCAUCGGGAGGGACAUCCAGGCGGAUGCAAAGUUCCGCAGGGUUGCAAGAAUAACCGUGUGCAGUAAGAUCUCUCUGGCUAAAGAGGUGUUUGGAGACACCCUGAAUGAGAGUCGGGACCCGGAUCGUCCUCCUGAUAAGUACACCGCCAGGUAUUACCUGAAGUAUAACUUUCUGGAGCAGGCGUUUGACCGGCUGGCAGACGCAGGGUUCAACAUGGUGGCCUGUAACUCCACUGGGACCUGCUCGUACGCCAGUAACGACCCGGGGGAGGACAAACUGUGGACCAGUUACACCGAGUAUGUGUUCUGCAGAUGAACUGGAGACUGCAAGAGUGCAUUACAGUUUUUCUCAGUAGCUUUGGUACAUUUCUCAGAUCAGAAUUUAAAUUCUCAAAACUACUUGCUCAAUCUUCACACCAUUGCGUCAUUUCUUGUGCACAUCAAAAAAUCACUUUCUCAUUUCCUGUUUAAAUUUUUUUUAUUUUACCUUUAUUUUACCAGGAAUAGUCCCAUUGAGAUACAACGUCUCUUUUACAAGGGAGUCCUGGCCAAGACAGCAGCAUAAAAAGUUUCCCCAAAUAGAACAGGACAAAACAUAUAGUGAGCUAUAGUAAGCUCUAAAACGUGCACAAGCUGAUCAGAUCAUCCUUUAUCCUAGUUUUAAAAUCCUCCAAUCGAACAUU